AUGUCGGAUUACAAUUUUGACCACUCUGGUUUUACCCAAGAACAUAUCCGGCAUCUCCAAGAAAACCCUCUUGAAGCUUGUCAGAGAGAAAAUGAAUCUCUUCGUAUUAGACUGGAAACGUUCAAUCGUAUGCUUCUCGAGGCUAAAGAGGAGUCGGAAACAAGAUUAAAUCGUAUUAAACAGGUGAGAGACGAAAGGGAUAAGGCUUUUGACGAAGGGGAAAAAUAUGCCACAAGAGAAAUUGAUGGACAGUUAGAGGUGUUGAGGAGGGAAAAGUUGGAGGCAGAGAGGAAGACUAAAGAAUUGGAAGAGCAGGUUACAAAAACACGGGAGAUGGCCAUUCAGAUGAAAACAGAGUUGGAAAAAUUGAAGGAGAGGAAAGAUAAGGAAGAAGAAACAGGUGAUUUUUCUCUUGAGCAGCAGAGAAACAUGAUUGCAGAGGAGCUUCAGGAAGCAAGGGAGGUUAUUAGGGGAAAGGAACUUCAUAUACAGCACUUAAAGGAAGAAGCUAGGGGUAGUUCAGCGAGAGUCUCAGAGACGCCACCAGUAGCGAGUGCACAAACACUGGCUCUCAUAGAACAAAUUCAUGUGUUGAUGGCACAAAGAGAUGAUAUGAGACAACAAUUGGAGAUCUUGACGGAGAAUUUCAUGGGUACUCCGCCGAAGGAGGUUACGCCAAAAGGAGAUGAAUCACUGCGAGAAACACCGGAGCAAAACACAGAGCUGUCUCCUGGUAGAUUCAAGGCUAGUCCAGGCUUAGGUAGUGCUAAUUUCAAAGGCAGUAAACGAAUCUUGCAUGCCCCCUCUCCUUUGAGGCAACAGUCUUCUACCACCGAAUCGGUAGAACACGAAGAUUCAGAAAAAGAAGUGGAGGUGAAAGAAGAUGAUUCCGAGCAAGAAGAAGAAGAACUAGAUACCGAAAAAGAAGAAAAAAAUCUAAAAGAAAGUAUCGAAAGAGACGAAAACGACACAUCGCUGGAAAGUUAUCGAAAAGACAAAGAUCUACACUACCAGCGACUUGUCGACCGCAUCAAAGAACUCGAGAGAAGGGAUCUACGUCUCGAACAUUAUCACGACAUGUCCCAUGUAACACGCGCAAUCCUCAGUUUGACACCCGUUCAUUUCGAAGCAUAUCGUGAACGCAAAGAGGCCAAGAGGAAAGAGGAAAUGGUAUUGCUUGAUGUUAUGGAUAAGGAACGCAAGAUUCUACGAAAACAAAAUCAAAAGCUCGAAAAACAGUUGCAGGUAUUGGCGGGUCUGAGAAGCAAGGAGAAGGGGAAAGGUACGGGGGAUGCACAGGAUUUUGUACUCACACAAGCUCAACAUGAUGCAAACGAAAAUGCUACGAAGGAUUACAAAAGAUUGUAUGAGGAGGCGGAAAAAGUAGUGAUGAAAAUGCUAGAAACCAGUGCUGAUGUUGAUGCCGAAGAAGUCUCGGAAUUGCGGAAGGAGCGGGAAUUUCAUAAGAAGCGAAUAAAGGAAUUAGAAGAGGAAAUUGAUGGUCCAUUAGGAUUGAGAGAACAACUGGCAUUCAGUACUGCUGAGAAUACAGACGAUUUCAAUGCGGAAAGAGAGUUAACACGAGUCAGAGCUGAACUCAAAUGGUGCAAAAGGGAAAGAGACAUGGCUAUAGAGGAAUCACACGUGGAGAAAAAUCUCACAUCCAUCAUGGAACUAAUGGAUCAAUUAUCGCAGAAACUCGCUGUUAACGUUUAUCCCACCGAGGAAAAAUACGAACAAUGCAAGGAAAUGACCAAAAAGUACCGGCAAUGCCAGCGUGAAUUGAGCGACGAGAAAGAAAAGACCAAGACUCUUGAAAGGUUCCUGGAAGAGAAGUACAUGGAAUAUGAAGACCUUGCUGGCGAUGUGCACGAUGAUUCGAUGAGCGCAAGAUUGGCUCGAGCAUUCAUCGAACUCUACCAAACGAAGCGAAAACUGAUGGAUAAAACAAUACAGAGGAAUAGUCUUACCAAGAGUGCUGUGGGAUGUUUAACGACCGUCUUGCAACACAAUGAAAUCCUAGAGCAGAAAAUAUACACACUGAGACAACAUCCCGAUCGCGAACCUGAACUUCCUAUUACAGAUGUUGACUUGAAGAAUGAAGGAACGAUUGCGAGACUCCAUUGGAAGAUUGAUUUAUUGGAAAAACGGCUUCAUAAAGCUCAAUCGGACAUCAAAUCUGCGGAGAAGAAGUCGAAGAAGUCGAAAGAGAGAUUGGAUAAAUAUAUGGGGUUAUCUUUUAACAAAUCAAAUACGCACCCUAAAGUUGAAUCUUUAAAAUUGAAUAGAAAGAGAUCCCCUCUCGAUCCGAACGCUACUGAUCCGGAAGUCAUUGCGCAUUUGAAGGUUCAGCUUAAAGAUACGGAUGAUUUAGUGGAGCUUAUAUGUCAGAGAUAUGAUGUUGCAGAAGGUGAAGCGGAAGAUGAAAAGGAGGGAUUGAAGGUAGAGAAGAUGGAAGCAGCAGAGAGGGCGGAGAAGGCAGAGAUAGCGACGAGGAGAUUGGAGGAUUGUAUGGAUUUGGUGAAUGGACCCUUGAGUCAAAAAGUCGCGUGGGAUAAUCUGAAAGGAUUGUUGAGAGAUGCAAGGGAGAAAUUGAAAAUUAGAAUGAAUGAGUGGAAAGAGAAAGACGGAGAACGUGAUUGGGCAGUUGAGAGUCUUGAGAAAAUGUUAAAGGAGAGUGAAGAAAGAGAAGCAGCGCUUGCUAAGCUUUUGCAUUCGACACAAGAGGACAUGAAGAGUGAAGGUACAAAGGACGCGAAGAUUGCAGAAUUGAAGGAACAAUUAAGUAAAAACGAAGAAAGAAUACGAGACUUGCUCCGCGAGAAGGAUGAGCAUAAAGCCGAAGCCGAUGGAUUAGAAAGUUUUCUUCGAGCCAGCGAGACGCAAACAACACAACUCGAAGAACAACUUAGGAGGGGCGAAGAGAGAAUUCGAGAUUUGCAAUUGGAAAAAGAUACUCAGCAAUCCGAGACUGAAAGACUGGAAGAUCUUCUCAAAGCCCGUGAAACACAAACAGCUGAAUUCUUCAAGACGUUAAGAGAUGAAGAGGAAGAACAAUACCGAGUGGAAAUAGAGAGGUUGCAUGAACUGCUCUUGUUGAGAGAAGACGAAGACGAACAAUUCCGCGAAGAAAUUGAGAGACUUCACGAACUACAUAAAACCAGCGAAGGAAAAGUUACCGAGCUUCUCGAGAUAUCAAUGAAGACUUCGACACGAUUGUCUGAUCUUGAAGAUGAGAUCACGAGAUGGAAAGUCGUUGCUGGGGAAAGUAUUGGAGAGAUUGAACAUUUACAGAAACAGUUGGAAGAUGCAGAGGCAAAAGUAGAAUUGCAGCGUAUCACGCAUAAUCAAAAUGCGGAAACACAAACAGACACGCCUACUUCCACAAAUAUAGAAACACAGACGGAGGAUAUUGAACUUCCACAACCCGUAAUCUCACCUCCUGCAGUUGAACCCAAAUCAAAGAUGUCCAAAAAGAAACCUAUCACAAAGAUCCCGCGAGAUCCACGCCAUCAUCCUCAACGCUCCGACUCCGAAUAUUCAGAAAAAGAACUAGAGACCUCUAAACCCCCCAGACCGCAACCUAAACACAACAAGUCACUUCGUCAAGAAAUGGAUUCAAGCCCAGCUCCAUCGCCCUCUCCCGCUCCUUCGAUAACAAUUAGACUUACAUCCAAAGCACAUGCGAAGAAGAAGGUUCAUGGAAAAGAAAGCGUAGAAUAUGAUUCACCGUAUAAAGUCGAAACACUGGUGGAAAGCGAAGAUGACGAGAUACCAGAUGUGGAAAUAGCGCAGGAAAGUCCGAUUCAAGAAAUGCAGAAGGUGGGAGAAGCGGUGAGAUCAAGGGGGAGUAGGAAUACGAGAAAUCCAGAUCCGGUGUAUACCGGGCAGUUGCUGGUGAGGGGACUUGGGAAGGGAGAGAAGGAGAGGAUGGGUAAAAAUUGGGCUGCUAGGGGCCAGAAGAGGAAAGCGAGUGAGAGCGGGAUUGAGGUUGAGAAAGUAAAGAAGGGGAAAAAGCAGCACAGAAGUGUGUAA